GACGUUGGCCGUCGCUGAGAGGGAGAGAAUGAGCGAGGUGGAAGUGAGGUCGAAAGUGAGGUUUCUGCCUUCUGGACCGACUUUGUAAUUCAAGGGAAACACGCGAGAGCGUGUCGCGUGUUUGCUUAAAGACGCGAGAGCGUGUCGCGUGUUACAUAUACACGCGAGAGCCUGAUGCGUGUUUAAUUAAACACGCGAGAGCUUCAAGCGUGUUUUGUUAAAACACGCGACAGCUUGUCGCGUCUUUCCCCUCUCUGGAAACUUUUUUUUUUUCGGGGUACAAAUGACGGAUAAAAAUCGCCAUGAGGCUGUUUCUUGGAAUUUCGUCCAUCGGCAGUCUCGGUCUCAGUCUCCGCCGUCUCUUUACAAGAGAUAUGUGAUCAAACCCGAAACUCGCUACGCUCUCUUGAACGGCCAGGCGCUCGACAAUCUCCGACAGCUCGACGAAUCCGUGCUCGUCGCAACCACAAACAGCGCUUCGAAAACGACCGCCAAAAUCCAAUCGCUUCUUCCCGGAACCUCCCAUCCCAAUCUGAAGGUGGUUUACAGCCUCUGCUCGAACUACUACCGCGCGGCGCUCUCCCCGGCCAAGGAGAAGAUCGGAUCGGGCGAUUUCGGGAGCGUCAGGUCGGCGGCGGAUACCGCUUUAAGAGACGGUAAGGAAUGCUGGAUUGCGUUUUCGAUGGCGCCGACGAGCCCUAUCGCCAUCGUAAGGGAGAACGAGGAGUUUAUGAAUUACUGCAGUGUUUUUCUCGCUAUUUUUCAUAAGCUCUACACCAUUGAAUAUUUUCUCGAUUACGAGAUGCUUUCUCAAUUAUAUUUAAUAAUAUCAAAUUUCAAUAUUUGGAUGAGUAAUAGUUAUUGGUAAGAUAAAAGGGAAAGAGAAAGAGAAAGGGAAAAAGAUAGGAAAAUCAUUUUUAUGUAUUAU